CACGAUGCCGAAGCGGACACACGAUGAGGCGCAGCCGAAGCUCAAGCUGUACUACUUUGACAUCCAAGGUAAAGCCGAGGCAAUCCGGCUCCUGUGCAAGUACGUCGGCCUCGAGCUGGAUGAUUAUCGCUUCAAGGACCGUUCCGAGUUCAUGGAGAUGAAGCAGAAUGGGACGCUGGCCUUCGGACAGGUGCCUAUGCUCGAGAUCGACGGCACGAAGAAGCUGCCGCAAUCCGCCGCGAUUUUGCGCUACCUCGCCAAGAUGGGCGGAAUCCACCCAGAGGACGACUUCGUGGCUGCGUUGGUGGAUGCGGCGCUCGACCAAGAGGCCGACGCCUUCCUCGGGCCGACCGUCGCCUCAUACACCACUCGCUUCGGGAUCGCGCUGGACGAGGCGCACACCGCGGCCGCCUCCAAGCUAAUCGGCGAGGAGACCAUGCCGCGCCACCUUGCCGCGCUUGAGGCCCUGCUCGCGCAGAGCAGUACCGGUUGGCUGGCCGGCACGAAAGAGCCAGCGGCGUGCGAUUUCGCCUGGGCAUGCCGCUUAGGCCAGUACUUGCCCUUCAAGGACCGCAUGUUUCCCACGCCGCUGCGCGAGCUCCAGGACUAUCCCAAAUGCAAGGCCUUCAAGGAGAAAUUUUUCGAACUGCCCGAGAUCGCCGCUUACUACAAGACGAGCGCGCUGUGACGGCGCGAACUCGCGGCGCGCUCCACAGUUUUGGUGCACAAGUGUCGCUAACAUGCAGUGCGCGAGGAGGAUUGAAUGGCGUGAAUGCGAGGUGCGGAUAUCGGUGAGACAAGUGCAAGGCUUACAUAGCGAAUUUUCGCGCAUGCCACCUGCAUGCGCCAUGUUGCAAUAAAA